AUGAUCCGCCCACAAUCAGCUGUUCGUGAUGAUAUCGUCAUCGAGGAAGAUGCCAAAGUCAAUGUGGAUUAUCUCGCACAUGCUUGGACAUACGAGGACAUGUGGGCUACCAGGAAACACGUCCGUAAGAUCGACCAGCGAAGUCUUGUCAGAUGUCGAUUCGAAAAUGCUCUCUGGAGGGCGUGGUUGUCAUCAAGCCGGUCCGUACGGACACCAGCGGCAUCAUCGCUUGGUAAGGACAAGGAUAGUGACAUUACCUGGUUUUACGGUCCGUUGAAGUCCAGCAGCAACAACACCACACCCUGCGGUUCGCCAUCGACGCAGAGCCCCAGAAAGCCAUCCUUGAAGAGAAAGCCGAGCACAUGGGAGAUGCAAGAUUUCCCCACAAUACCGGACGCAUUUACGAAGCAUCAGUCGCUGCUCGGCCGAGUGUGGAAUAUAACCAUCCAAUCAGUCCCCAGCAUUCUCCUCAAUUCUCCUCAGCCGUGGAACAAGAAAAGAAAAUGCCGAGUACACUUCGAAGAGCAGGUCCAACAGUGCCAGUUUGCUCGUGACGAGCGAUGGAUUCGAAGCUACAGCCCUUAUCUCUUGGAGCACACCGCGGUCCGCAUGGAUGCAAUGCACACACAGCAGACAAUCGAACCAUUACCCUCGACUUACCUUACCGGCUUUGAGGCGUUCGAGUCAACAGACUCUGCUCACUGUCACGCAAUUUUCAACUUUCUCGAAGAGCUGGAGUAUGUCCUCUCAGUCUUGGUGCUUUGUCCUACCGUUGGACCGAGAUUUCCUUCCUAG